AUGUAUUCAUAAGGCUUAGGCCUGCCAUCGACGGUACUCCCGUUCAAGGCAUCUUGUUUGGUCAACGUGAAGAAUGUCCAGAUCGUAGACUAAUAAUUCAUGUUAAGGGAUUUUUUUCAUAUGAGUCAAAUUCUCGGGACCUCGUCAGCACGAUCGCAAAGUUGAUGAACUGGAAAGGUCAAACUGUACUAGGAUGGUUUGCAGCCCCCGGGCUCGACGUUUUAACACGUUGUGAUCCACCACGUAUAGCUUCAGCUUAUUUUCAUACUUUGCAGUCAGCUAUGUUGAAAGUUAUUGUAGCCAACUACCUCAAGCAACACACUGAAUACGACGUAAAGGAGAUUACACCAUUGAUCGCACGAGAAUCAUGUGCAUUGUUUCAAGAUCUUAUCGGACUUGUUGUUCAAAGGGCAUCUACAACUGUUGAUUCAGUCAAUCCUACAAUUAUAAUGAAUAUUGAAAGCACAUCAGCUCAAGCGUUUUUUUCUGCACCAACUUUAGCUGAAGUAUUAAAUCAUUUUCAAAAUUUACAUCGUGACGUUAAAGGUGAUAUCGUUGAAAUGAACAUUUUAAAAGGAUUAGCGGAUGUGUUACCAACAGAGUUUAGUGGUUUGGGGAUCAAUGGUGUAACAACUAGUAACGAUUCCGUGGUAUUGGACGAAAGAGACGAUGAUGAUGUAGGUGAACUAUUCUCGGUUUGGAAUAAUCACAAUAACCAGGGAACAUCAAAUAAAAAAUCGCGGAUAAGGAGAGCAAGUACCACUGAUAUUUCAGAUGUUAAUUCGAGACGAACAUUAUAUGGAUCACCAGCUAUGGACUUCGUGGAAGAAACUACAACAAGGAAAAGAAAAGGAAUUGAUACAGAAAAUAAUAAGAACGCGUCGAAAAAGGCAAAAACACCAACUGUAAAUAUAACUGCUAGCGUGAUACCGACACCAUUCAGGAUCAUCCCAGGCCAAGGUUCUGAGUAUUUACAUGAAACACUUAACGAGGACGGCUUCCAACAUUCUACCGAAUUUGAUGAAUCUAUGCUGACUUCUUUCACCACAUCGUUCUUCGCCCCGACUGAUGAUAUAAAUCUAUCCACAUCUUCCAAUCCACUUGUGACUUAUGCACAACACCGUAUAACUACUGCUUAUGACGCUAUAUCCCAUCAUCUAACAACACAUACACAAGGAAAAAUAUCUCUUUAUGAAAAGUCAUGCCAAGAAUAUGAACUAUUACUAGAAAUACUUGAUGCAUUAGAUGGUGUUGGUGAUGAGGUGACAUUAGCGAAGAUGUUAGAGAAUUGGUUCGAAGACGUUGAAGAUGAAGACGUAAUAAUAAUGAAUGCUGACGCAGUGAAUAAUUCUAAGCCUAAUCUAGAAGGUCCGGAUAACGAAUUUAAUAAUAUCAACAUCGAAACGAUUGAUGAAAGUCAACAAGUAAAGAAAAUGACUAUGACCGAAAAUAGUGAAGAGGUAAAGGAUGAUAAAAAGAUCAAGAAUGAAAUUGAAAUCAAGAGUGAAGAUAGAGAAAUAGAAGAUCCUUCACUGAAUACUAAUGUUGGUGUCGUUACCGGAGAGGUAAGUUCGUCUUCUUCUGUCGAGGAGGGCGAAAUCGAGGAAGAGGAAGAAAUUGUAAAUCAUGAUGGAGAUGUUCUCAAAAAGGGUGACGAAAUAUCAACACUAUCGCGCAACAAAACUAUAAUCUUAAAAAAUUCUGAAGCAGGGAAAAGCAAACUCGCCAGAGAGAGCAGUCCUGG